AGGCAGCUUAAUUUAAAAUCAACAUUACGCAACAAAAAUUGCAUAUUGUUAAAGUUAAUUAAUUCAAAUAGCCUAGACAGUUCUUGGUAAAACUACAGUUCAUCAUCUACUUGUCAAAGCAGUGUAUUUAAAAGACACUCCUUAGCUUAAUCACUGCAGUCUUAAAUAUUUGUUCUGUUUUUUAUAAUAAUUUUUUAUGCAAGCUUGCCUCUCAAUUACAGACUCGUUCAGCUUGCUCCCGUCUUUUGCAGACACGUUUUUGUUGUAAUAAGUAAGAAGCACAGCCUAUGAUAACGUCAAACACAAGCUGUAUGUGCUCUCCUGAAGCUACAGACAAUGGGCAAUACCACACCUGCUCUUUUACUGUUUGCACAGUCUUACUGAAUAACACGAAAGCGAUUAGCUUAUAAUGAUUUAAUGAAAAGCUUUUGUGGGUCAGUUAUGUCUGCACUAGUAGUGUUCUGCCCACUGUUGUUUAGAAAUCUACUUAAAGACUCACAUCAAGCUGAACAUUUAAAGGAUGAAAGGUGCAGUCGUUACUCUAACUAUUCAGAUAAAAAGAAUUUAGACUAAAAACGAAAAGGAUGGAGAGUGCAAUCUUUCUGCUGAGUUUGCUGAUUUUUGGAUGUUCACAAGCUGAAAUCAAGUGCACAACUCGCAGAUGUCUGGCUCAAAUGUUAAUUAGAAAUCAAUAUUUAUCUUCACCUCAGUCUGAGAACUGCACCUUACUUGUUGAAGUUCCAUUAAUUGAGUACGAAACGCUGUCAGUCGACAUGAAGGAACUACAUCUAAUGAGUCGUCUGCAGGUUACAAUUGCAUGGGUGGAUCCAGAGCUGGCGUGGAACACAUCAGUAUAUCCAUUUGACAAACUCAUUUUGCCAGUAGAUAAAGUGUGGACCCCGUAUAUCUCUAUAGAAAAUGGGCAAAGCUCCAUGGAGCAUGAUUCGCCUGAUCUCGUGGUGUACAGUAAUGGUACAGUGGGGCACAAUGUGGUCAUAAUUGCAGAAGUGAAUUGUGGAAUCAAUCUGUUCAACUAUCCUUUUGCUUUUGAUGUGUGCCCCGUUGGACUUAAAUCCACAGCACCAGAUGAAUGUGGGAUAAGCAUAAAAGUUGAUCAAGUGAAGUUGGCAGAGAGUUCCCAUGGAGACUGGCAAACGGAAGAAGUGAAGCUGGGAAAAAAGCGAGAGGAUCGCAAUUUUAUUGAUGUGUCUCUAAGGAUCAGAUAUACCAACCCAUUCAUCACAUUACUCCUGCCCACUAUCUUGAUCAUGGUGGCUGAUAUAGUCAGCGGUGCUCUGCCACUGCAAGGUGGUGAGCGCAACUCGUUCAAGGUUACCUUGGUGCUCAGCUUCACCAUGUUUCUGAACAUUCUCACCACCGUGCUUCCUGGAGACAGCAAGUGCAGCCCAGUCAUCCGAAUCCAUUUCUGUGUUUGCCAAGUCCUGAUGGUGAUCAGCAUGUUGGUAUCCAUGUUCUUGACAAGGGUGUCUCAAGAUGGGCUGGCUUUUUUCACCUGCUUCAGUAAAAAUCCUGCUUCUCAAAAUGCAGAAGACAACAAAGAAAACGAGGAUGCAGAGAACAAAGGUGUCAUCAGCGUCGUUCAGCAAGGUCUUUCUGAGGACUCUAAAAUGCUCCGGAAGAUAGUCAGAUUCAUGGAGGCUGUUGACACCAAACAGACAGAAAGGGAAAGUCAUCAGAAACUUGCAGAUAAACUGGACAGAAUCUUUUUCUGGUUGUAUCUUAUCUGUAGCUCUGGAUAUGUUGUUGCCAUGACUUAUGUUAUGGUACAGUACACAUGUAACAUUGAUCAUUUUCAGUUUUGGAACUAAUGCAACAUAGAAGACAAUCACUAAUUGUUUUGACCUCUUAUUUAUUAUGAUAUAGCAUUCGAACCUUAUGAUAUAAUUCUUAGCUAAAAACUUAUAUACUCUUAAAUCAUGUAACUAAUCAAUUCAAGGGAGGUUUAUUUGUGUAGCUCAAUUCUUCACCACAAACAAGAAAUGCAAUAACAGAAUAAUAACAGAAUGCAAAGUUCAAACAAAUUCAUGGCUUGUCCAAAACAAAAAUUCACCAACUGGAUUUUCCUAAGAAAAUGGUGAAGAGACUACCACGAUAAUUACUGCAUGGAUGAUUGUGUUUCACAUAUUCAAAUGUUAUUUAACUUUAACAGAUGGGCAUGUUCAUAUGUUUCAGAAGGGUCAAAUCUGAUCUCUAACCUUUCAUUUCUAGAACCAAAAACUUGCUUUUCUGCAUUACGUUAGCAGAAAAUCCUGACAUGGAUAUUGUGAACACAGUGGGUAUUUGCCUUUACACAGAAACAUCAGGGGUCAAAGAUGAGCUGUUGUGGAAAAAACAUUGCUUAGAGAUUUUUCUUUUUAAUCAAAAAAAUGGCUGAUAAAUGGCUUUUCAUUGGUGUUUGCUAAAAACACAGAUUAGUUAUUUGCCUGUAAUUACCUUAAUUAUUUUUGAAGAAUCCAGAUUAGGAUUAGUUAAGAGAUCACUGCAGUUCAUGACUUGUACAAAAUAGUUAAUUUACUAUCUCGCAUAUUUUUGAUGCAACACAGCUAAAACCUUCUUGGAUCAAUGUAAAGGCUUUGUGGAUACAUGGUAAUUAACAGGUGUUUUGUGUUAGAAAGGUGUUUUGUGCAUAGUGGUGCAGUUGUUAGUGCUGUUGUCUUGCAGGAAGAUAGUCCUGGGAAGAAAUCCUGACUUGCACUAUGUCUGCAUGAAGUUGUAUCUUGAAUGGCCUCAUCAUGUACAUAAAUGUUACUCUCGGUGUGAAUGUUUUCAUGCAAGUUGUUUAUUAUGUGAUGCUCACACAAGAACCGGUGAACUUGUGAAGGAUGUACCACGCCUUUCGCUGACAAUCACUGCAGACAGGCACAAGAACCCAUAUAACCUUACUAGGAUAUGUGUGUAUAGACAAUAGAUGGAGGAGUAGAUGCAUUAAUAAUUGUGUAGCCACAUCUGAGAUGUAACUAUAUAUUUCUUGUGUUAUUCUUUAUUUUCUCUCUUAAAUAAAACAAAUAUAUACUCUA